GGAAGGAGAUGGAUCGAGAGGUUGCGCGUUGUCGCGCUCAGGCUGCGGAAUGAGGGAUUUGGAAUAGUAGCGCCACCGAGCCUCGAGGACGACGAGUGAACGAGGAGCGCGCAAUGGAGCCGACAGCCACUCCGGCCACUAAGUGACGAGCUCUGAACGGAGCGUUGCGAUUGUGGGACACGCUGAUUCUAGGGGAGGCGGAAAAAGGAGCCGGGCGCGCGUCGAGCGCGAGCGAUGAGAUCCCAGCGCUGAGCGGGAGGAGCGGCGGCGCGUGCGGAGAAAAGGCAGGAAGAUGGGCGCCGUGGUGCGGAGCGGCGAGCUGCUGCGGCUCGCGCUCGUGCUGCUUGCAACGGUUUGUCCGCUGACACGAGGCACGCCACUGCUGCUGUAUGCAAACCGGCGGGACUUACGGUUGGUGGAUGCAGCGCAGAGCAAGGGCAAUGCUACGGUGGUGGUGAGCGGCCUGGAGGAUGCGGCAGCCGUGGACUUCGUCUUUGACCAUGGUCUCAUCUAUUGGAGCGAUGUCAGUGAGGAGGCCAUCAAGUGCAUCUCCCUGAACCAAUCGGCUGGCCCCCCCAUAACAGUGGUAUCAGGCUUGGCCUCACCUGAUGGUCUGGCCUGCGAUUGGCUUGGAGCCAAGCUUUACUGGACCGACUCAGAGACCAACCGCAUUGAGGUGGCAGAACUUGAUGGGUCUUUACGCAAAGUGCUCUUCUGGCAGGACUUGGACCAGCCAAGGGCUAUAGCCCUAGAUCCAGCGAGAGGGUACAUGUACUGGACAGACUGGGGGGAAAUUCCGAAAAUUGAACGGGCGGGAAUGGAUGGGUCAAGUCGAUCAAUAAUCGUGGACAGCGAAAUCUACUGGCCAAACGGACUGACGCUGGACUACACCGAGCUUAAGCUUUACUGGGCAGAUGCAAAGUAUAAUUUCAUUCACCGAUCCAGUCUGGAUGGCAGCUUGCGGGAGGUGGUAGUGAAGGGCUCGCUCCCACACCCCUUCGCCCUCACUCUCUACCAGGACACACUCUUCUGGACAGAUUGGAACACCCACUCAAUCCAUUCCUGCAACAAGAAGACAGGCGAGGACCGGCAGGAGGUCCACACCAACAUCUUCUCCCCCAUGGACCUCCAUGUGUAUAGCGAGGACCGGCAGCCGCUUGCCCUGAUGAACCCAUGUACGUUGAAGAACGGCAACUGCUCCCACCUAUGCCUGCUCUCACCCACAAAACCCUUUUACCAGUGUGCCUGCCCCACUGGCGUGCAGCUACUGGAAGAUGGUCGGACCUGUCGGGAGGGUGCUACUCAGCUGUUGCUUCUAGCCCGACGCACAGAUUUGCGACGCAUCUCUCUGGAUACAGCUGACUUCACUGACAUUGUGCUGAACACUGAAGACAUCCGGCAUGCCAUUGCCAUCGAUUACGACCCCGUGGAGGGCCACGUCUACUGGACAGAUGAUGAUGUGCGGGCUAUCCGGCGCUCCUACUUGGAUGGUAGUGGGAGCCAGUUUUUGGUCACUUCACAGGUUCAUCACCCGGAUGGUAUUGCGGUCGACUGGGUGGCCCGCAACCUGUACUGGACAGACACGGGCACUGACCGCAUCGAGGUGACCCGACUUAAUGGUACCAUGCGCAAGAUCCUCAUCUCUGAAGACCUGGAUGAGCCCAGGGCUAUUGUUUUGGACCCUGUUGCAGGGUACAUGUACUGGACGGACUGGGGGGAGGUUCCGAAAAUCGAGCGCGCUGCCCUGGAUGGCACUGACCGUGUAAUCAUGGUCAAUACCUCGCUGGGUUGGCCCAAUGGUCUUGCACUGGACUACGGUGAGCGAAAGCUCUACUGGGGUGAUGCCAAAACGGACAAAAUUGAGGUGAUAAACAUGGAUGGCACCGAACGCAGGAUUCUAGUGGAGGAUAAGCUGCCCCACAUCUUUGGUUUUACCCUGUUGGGAGACUUCAUCUACUGGACGGACUGGCAGCGGAGAAGCAUCGAACGUGUGCACAAGCACUCAGCUGAACGUGAAAUCAUUGUGGACCAGCUACCUGAUCUCAUGGGCCUCAAAGCCACCUAUGUGCACCAGGUUUUUGGUACGAACCCCUGUGCGGAGAACAACGGGGGCUGCAGCCACCUGUGCCUGUAUAAACCCCAGGGAGUACAGUGCGCCUGUCCCAUUGGCCUGGAGCUCAUCAGCGACAUGAGCACCUGCAUUGUGCCUGAGGCCUUCCUGCUCUUCUCCCGCCACACUGAUAUCCGCCGCAUCUCCCUGGAGACCAACAACAACAAUGUGGCAAUCCCGCUCACUGGUGUCAAGGAGGCUUCUGCCCUGGACUUCGACGUCACUGACAACCGCAUCUAUUGGACGGACAUCACACUAAAGACAAUCAGCCGGGCUUUCAUGAAUGGCAGUGCUUUGGAACAUGUGGUGGAGUUUGGUCUGGACUACCCCGAGGGCAUGGCUGUAGACUGGCUGGGGAAGAAUCUCUACUGGGCUGAUACCGGUACUAACCGUAUUGAGGUGGCCAAGCUAGACGGUCAGCACCGCCAAGUCCUGGUGUGGAAGGACCUGGACAGCCCACGGGCCUUAGCCCUGGAUCCAGCGGAGGGAUUUAUGUACUGGACGGAAUGGGGUGGCAAGCCAAAAAUUGAUCGUGCAGCCAUGGAUGGCACAGGACGUACCACUCUGGUAGACAAUGUGGGCCGUGCCAAUGGUCUAACCAUUGACUAUGCUGCACGGAGGCUGUACUGGACUGACCUGGAUACCACACUCAUCGAAUCCUCCAACAUGCUUGGCCUGGAGCGAGAAGUCAUAGCAGAUGAUCUCCCCCACCCCUUCGGCUUGACCCAGUACCAGGACUACAUCUACUGGACAGACUGGAGUCAGCGCAGCAUCGAGCGUGCCAAUAAGACAAGCGGGCAGAAUCGCACCGUCAUCCAGGGCCAUUUAGACUACGUAAUGGACAUCCUGGUCUUCCACUCUUCACGCCAGGGGGGCUGGAAUGCCUGUGCCUCCACAAAUGGCCACUGUUCCCAUCUCUGUUUGGCUGUGCCAGUCAGUGGCUUUGUCUGUGGCUGCCCAGCCCACUUUACCCUGAACUCUGACAACAAGACCUGCAGCGCUCCUACUUCUUUCCUGCUCUUUAGCCAGAAGACUGCUAUCAACCGCAUGGUCAUAGAUGAACAGCAGAGUCCUGACAUCGUCUUACCCAUUCACAGUCUCCGCAAUGUGCGUGCCAUCGAUUACGACCCACUCCAUAAGCACCUUUACUGGAUCGAUGUAAAACAGAAUGUCAUCCGUCGGGCUCAGGAGGAUGGAAAUCAGAGCAUGGCAGUGGUGAGCAGUACACCUGGAAUGAAUUCUGGCCUGGGCCUACAACCCUUUGACCUCAGCCUUGAUAUAUAUAGCCGCUACAUCUACUGGACCAGCGAGGUCACCAAUGUCAUCAAUGUUACAACAAUGGAUGGCCGACGAGUGGGUGUAGUCCUGCGCGGGGAGCAGGAUAAGCCCCGUGGCAUUGUAGUCAAUCCAGAGAGAGGGUACAUGUACUUCACCAACCUUCAGGAGCGGUCCCCCAAAAUAGAGCGUGCAGCACUGGAUGGCACAGAGAGGGAGGUGUUAUUCUUCACUGGCCUGGGCCGGCCUGUGGCCCUGACUCUGGACAAUGAGGCCGGCAAGCUGUUCUGGGCAGACACAGAUCUGCGCCGCAUCGAGAGCAGUGACCUCUCUGGGGCCAACCGGAUCGUUAUCGAGGACUCCAACAUCCUCCAGCCAGUGGGGCUCACAGUCUUUGGGAACCACCUAUACUGGAUUGACCGGCAGCAGCAGAUGAUUGAGCGCAUUGACAAGACAACACGUGAAGGCCGCACUAAGAUCCAGGCACGCAUAUCAUCGCUGAGUGACAUCCACGCUGUCCAUGAGCUUGACAUGAAGGAGUACAGCAAGCACCCCUGCACAUCGGACAAUGGUGGCUGUUCUCACAUCUGCAUUGUGAAGGGUGAUGGGACCACACGCUGCUCCUGCCCUGUACACCUGGUGCUGCUGCAGGAUGAACUCUCCUGUGGAGAGCCCCCAACAUGUUCCCCAGAGCAGUUCUCCUGUGCCUCAGGCGAGGUGGACUGCAUCCCACAUGCCUGGCGAUGCGAUGGCUAUGCCGAAUGUGAUGAUGGCAGUGACGAGUAUGAUUGUCCUGUAUGCUCCGAGAUGGAGUUCCAGUGUGACAGCCGCCAGUGCGUAGCCCUGGCCCUGCGCUGCAAUGGAGAGCCCAACUGCCAGGAUGCCUCUGAUGAGAGCAAGUGCUCAGUCCGUUGCCCUCCUGAUAAGUUCAGGUGUUCAAAUGGGCAGUGCAUUGGAAGGCACAAGAAGUGUGAUCAUAACAUGGACUGCUCAGACAACUCUGAUGAAAUCGGCUGCUACCCAACUGAAGAUCCACCACCCCAGCCUGUCAGCGUCAUUGGGUCCAUUGUGGGCGUGAUACUGGCGCUAUUUGUCGUGGGAGCUGUAUACUUUGUGUGCCAGCGUGUGCUCUGCCCGCACAUGAAGGAUGACGGUGCGACAAUGGCCAACGACUUUGUCGUACACGGGCCCUCUUCAGUACCUCUGGGAUAUGUGCCACACCCAAAUUCCCUGUCAGGAUCUUUGCCAGGUAUGUCUCGAGGAAAGUCUGUGAUGAGCUCUCUGAGCAUCAUGGGAGGCAGCAGUGGGCCACCAUACGACCGGGCCCACGUCACGGGGGCCUCCUCCAGCAGCUCCUCUAGCACCAAAGGCACAUACUUCCCACCGAUGCUGAACCCACCACCUUCCCCUGCCACAGAGCGUUCCCAUUACACCAUGGAAUUUGGGUACUCCUCCAACAGCCCCUCAACCCACCGUUCUUACAGCUAUAGGCCGUAUACCUAUCGACACUUUGCACCGCCCACUACGCCCUGCAGCACGGAUGUGUGCGACAGCGACUACACCCCCGGCCGUCGCAUCAUUCCAGUAGCCAAGGGAUAUGCCAGCGACUUCAACUAUGACUCGGAGCCGUUCCCACCACCGCCCACACCGCGCAGCCAGUACCUGUCAGCUGAGGAGAACUACGAGAGCUGCCCCCCUUCGCCCUACACCGAACGCAGCUAUUCCCACCACCUGUAUCCUCCACCUCCCUCUCCCUGCACAGACUCAUCCUGAGCUCUGCCCAGUGCCCCGCUCCUCCGUGUAAAUACCAAUUGUGUAUACUUUGAGUUUUAAAAAGGACUUAUGAACAUGGGAAGGACAUGGGAAUUUUGUACAGUGUGAAAAAAUUUGAGAGGUCUGGGGUACCAUGGAGCUAGAGAAUAUUUGUACAGUACAGAGAUAUUUAUAUUUUCUAUAAACCAACUACUGGUUGUGCCAUUGAAGUUUUUAUUAAAAAAAGAAAUUUGUACAUUUUAAGUUUUAUUAAAUCACCGCAAAUGAAAUACAUUGCCUUAAUCUGGGAGAUUACAGUGUACUAGCUUCCUAUGGGACUAAAUUUGGAAAGGGAUAUUUUAAGAUAGUCAUCUGAUGCCAAAAAUAAUUUUUAAAGAAAGUAUGCUGUACAUGACAAGGGAGAAAUUGAGCCUGGGGACAAAUGUGAAUCAGGUCUGUCUGUCCCAACUUGUCUAAUCUGAGGUGGCCAUCUUGUUGAGGACAUUCAACAGGUUCCUCUGUUGUAGCUGCUCAUGCACAAUAACCUGGAAGCAGAAAUGAGAAUCAGUCUUUAUAUCCUGUCUGGCUUGAUUCCUUCAUCUGGAACACAAAGGAGACUCAAUUGCCAGCUUUGUUGCGCUCUGGAAUAUCAUUGAAGGAGAAAGCGGAACCAUCAAAGCAAUAGUGGAAGAUUAAAUUUAGGUAUUCUCUCUGCUCCAUUUUCUACAAGACAUUGUCAUAUCAGCAUGGUCAGCCUGUGGGCCUCAGCAGUAGGCCAUGUUUCAUAGGACUGCUUACCUUGU